GAGGGUUUACUUAGUCUUUGUAGUUUGAUCAUUUUGAUUGUUGGUAAACACUUGCGGCUAAUUCUACUAAGUAAAAUAGCUUGCACUGUAGGAGUAAGACCUAAGAAGUAAUUAGUUUACCGGCCUUUCGGAAAUAGAAGAUCAUUAUUCGGAUGCUUCAGUCCUUCAGUUGUAUACAACUGGUAGGUGACAGAGCACCCCAUUUCGCUCGAGCUGCGUGAACCGAACCGUAGUCCGCAGUACCGUAGACGUACUACUACUAGCCGCUAUGCCUGGAUCUGAAACUAACAGAAGACGCAUAUUGGGUUUUUGGCAGGAGCUGAGACGCCGAUAUGGGUGCGAUUUUUCCGAUGCCACCCUUGACGCGGUCCUGAAGAAAGAGUGUGAAGAGUUCAAAGUGGAUCAAGAUGGAGCAACCCUGCGAACACUAUCGGACCAUGAACUCAUUGAUAAUGACGAUCUCCUCCUUUCUGAAGGACUGAAGCAUCCGAAUAAUGAUCUUCUUCUAUUUCCGAAAGGCCGGAAUUUCGACGGUACACAAGAGACGGUUGAUGACAUUCUCGAAACGAUCGAGUCGAAGGUGGAGGAAUUAAAAACAUACUAUCAGUCUGGACUGCAAAUCGCAGUGCGCAAGAUGCUUGAUGAACACCGUAGUCUCUCCCCCAGCAACAGUGUUGCCUUAGCUGGCAUUCAAGCCAUGGUGACAUGCAGAGCCCAUAAUCGACAUCGUGAUGAGCAUCCCGAGUGGUUCAAGGAUAUUAAAAGUGAUGUCAAGACCAAGGAAGAAUGGAUAAGUGUUCCGGUGCUCAGGAAACGAUAUCUUCAAAAAAUGUGGUCAUCGGCCUUCGCCGAGCUAUCCCUGCCUGAAGAUAAGGAUAUCCUAGACUGGGAACUGUCGAACAUGGUUGAUGACAUUCUCGAAACGAUCGAGUCGAAGGCGGAGGAAUUAAAAACAUACUUUCAGUCUGGAAUGCAAAUCGCAGUGGGCAAGGUGCUUGAUGAACGCCGUUGUCUCUCCCCCAGCAACAGUGUCGCCUUAGCUGGCAUUCAAACCGUGGUGACAUGCAACGCCCAUUUUUCAAGUCGUGCUGAGCAUCCCGAUUGGUUCCUGCAUCUUAAAGAUAGUGUCAAGACCAAGGAAGCAUGGAUGAGGCAAUCUGGACAUCGUCGUCUUUCAAACUAUCUUCCAAACAUCAGUUCACGUGCCUUCAAGAAGCUAUCCCCUAGAGAAGAGCAUAUCCUAGAACAGGCACUGUCGAAGAUAAAGACUAGGUUCGAAGAAGAGAUGACCGGCAGAGGCUACUUUGAUCGUUCCGAUAAAGUUCAUCGUUUCUGUGAUGAUGAAGGUUAUUUCCACUGUCAGGGAGCCUACAACAAGGAAAGCUGCAUACGCAAGACAAGUAUCAACCCAUACAGUAGUUACACGCAACUCAAAGAUUUCUCCAAAAACUGGGAACUGGACCAUUGUAUUGAGCAAAAGUCAAUCAAAGCGGGGCUCGCCCAAGCUGCAAAGGAUGUGGAGGAAGCAAGACAGCAAGGGAAUAAUCUCCUUGACAUCAACGUCGACUAUUUCUUCAGUCUAAUAUUUACAAAGGACAACCUCAAACUCGUGGAGCAUGCCUGUCAUAAAAAUAACCACACCGGCAUGUCCUGUGAUCUUAGUAUGAUUACAGUUGUUACUGGGCUGGUGGAACUACCGUAUUUUGGGUCUCCAAUACCGUAGAAUCCCGCGGAUACGCCCACCCGCGUACAAGACCAUGCUCGCGCAUAAGUCCAGGGUUUGUUGGAACACCACAAAGCUUCAUCGUAUAAGCCCAUGGGCCUAGGUCAUGCCAUGUACAUAGUGCAUGUAGGUUUUUUGUUCUUUUUUUCGUACAUUUCAACACAAUCAUCGGUUGUUUCAGUUUGCACAGUGGUUUUCAGCAAUGUACUUCUCACUUCCUUGGUAUUUUUCAAUAGCACAAUUUAGCUGUCGGCGUAUAAGCCCAUGCCCGCUUA